UACAACUUCUAUGAACUCACUGAUAAAUAUAUGCAGUAUGAAAAAAAUUUGUUCUCAAGAAAAUGAUUAUAAUCAAUAUAACAAUAAAUGUAAAUUCUUUGUAUCAGCAGAUGAAAAAGAGAAAAAUAAAAUUACUAUUAUUUGUUUAAGAUUUUAUUGUUUAAUGAAUAACAUUUUCAAAUUAGAUUCUUCGCCAAAUACCCCAAUUGAUCAUGUUCAUUUAGAAUACUUGAACUAUUGGUUAAAUUAUGAAUUACAUAAUAAUUAUGCCGACACAUAUCCAAAACAAUUGUACAGACUUAUGAAAGCAAAUGAUUCCAAUAAUUCAAUAUUAUCUAAAUUGAAUAGUAAAAUAAAAGAUAUAGAUGUUGCUGAGAUGAAAAAUAUGAAUUGGUUAUUUUAUUUAUACAGAGAAUAUUUUAAUAUUAUAAAAGCAAUAACUAAUGAUUAUGCAAAGGAAGAAACAUUUCACGGAUAUCCUAACCCUAUACCUGAAGAAUACAAGGAAUUUGAAGAAAAAUGUCUUAAGGAAACAUCUUGUCGUAAAGUACUUUGUGCUUUCAAAGAAAAGUAUGAAAGCAUUAAAUUAGAAAUUCCAGAAUUAGAAGACUUGGUAAGUAAAAUGUUACCAUCUUUAAAAAAAUCUGCAAAUGCUCAAGUAAAUGCUUCAUUAUUGGAAAAUAAUGAACAAAAUGUAGGCGAAGAUAUUUUCGACAUACCUACAAAUAUAAUUAUAGGAUCUUCAAUAGCUACACUUGGAGUGUCAUUGAUUUUUUUUCUUUUUUAUAAAGUAAAUAACAAAUA